AUGUCGUUUGGUUUUACCAAUGCACCAAAAGUGUUCAUGGAUUUGAUGCAUAGGAUUUUCAGGCCAUAUUUGGACAAGUUUGUGGUGAUGUUUAUUGAUGAUAUUUUGAUUUAUUCAAGGGAUGAAGAAGUGCAUAAGAAGCAUUUGAGACAAGUGUUGUCAUUUUUUAGAGAGCAUCAGUUGUAUGCAAAGUUGUCUAAGUGUGAAUUUUGGUUGGAAAAAGCAGCAUUUUUGGGCCAUGUGAUUUCCAAGGAAGGAGUCUUAGAGGACCCAAGUAAGAUUCGAGCUAUCAGUGAUCGGCCAACCCCAAAGAGUGUGUCGGAUGUGAGAAGUUUCUUGGGUUUGGAAGACUAUUACAGAUGGUUUGUGAAGGAUUUUUCAAGGAUUGCGAAGCCCAUGACAAGCUUGAUGAAAAAGGAGCAUAAGUUCUCAUGGACUCAGGAGUGUGAAAGGGCGUUCAAGACCUUGAAAGAACGGUUAACCACAACACCUGUGCUGGCUUUACCGGAUGGAAAAGAUUUAUAUGAAGUGUAUAGUGAUGCAUCGAGGUUUGGACUAGGAUGUGUCUUGAUGCAAAGUCGAAGGGUGAUUGCGUAUGCUUCAAGGAUUUUCAUGGAUCAUAAGAGUUUAAAGUACAUCUUCACCCAAAAGCAUUUGAAUGGGAGGCAGAGAAGAUGGUUGGAGUUUCUAAGUGAUUAUACGUUGGAUAUUCAAUAUCAUGAAGGAAAGGCUAAUGUGGUGGCAAAUGCUUUAAGCAGGAAGUCAGAACAUUUAGUGAAUGUGAUGGUAGUGCCAGAUCAGUCAUGUGUGGAAUUCCAUAGUUGA